GCCUGGGUUCCUGCACAGCCAGCUGUGUACUUCGGGUGACAACCUUGAUGCGUGCGACCGACUCACAGAAACCCAACGGCUCCAGGACUAGUGAUUGACGUGCUGGAAUGGCUCUGGACUGAAUGAACAGACACGGAGCAAGACUGGGCUGGACCCUGGGCAGAUCUCAGCCUCCAGGAGGAGCAACCUGGCUGUCCUAACCUGCGAUGCUGGGAGCGAGGGAGAUUUAACACUGCUGCAGAUGGCUGCCUGCAGCCUGGCACAAGGACUGUGGCUGCUGCUGCUUCUCCAGGAUACCCAGACAGCCCCACAGACAUCAUUAACCCCAUCUCAAUUCUGUGAUACUCUUGAGAACUGGUUUUAUGAUGAAGCGUCACGAAGCUGCUGUUACCAGUGUCCCCCAGGCUAUGUUAAAAGGAAAGCAUGUCCUAGGGACCCAGAGGAAGACUGCAUGAGAUGUGGACCUGAACAAUAUGUGAAUGAAGCAUUCCAAAAGCCACAGUGUGAUGCUUGUGUAUCAUGUGCAAAAGAAUCCGACCUUGUGGAGAAGGAGCCCUGCUCCUUCAAUUCCAGCCGUGUGUGUGAGUGCCGGCCAGGCCUGUUCUGUCAGACCCCUGUUGUGAACACCUGCAUACGAUGCCAGCAGCACACUGUUUGCAAACCUGGUUUUGGAGUCAAAGUCAGAGGCACCUCAACAAAUGACGUUACCUGUGAAGAGUGCCCUUCUGGGACCUUCUCUGAUCGAAACUCCAGCACUGACACCUGCAAGCCCCACACAAACUGUGCCAAGUUAAACAAAGUGACACUAAGCGAAGGAAAUGCCACACAUGAUCAGGUUUGCCUAGACCAGUUGCCCACCUAUCUCAGCCCAAGUACUUUGUCCAUGAGAUUCAGCAGUGAAACAAACAACUCUGACCCAAGAAGGUUUCACAAGAACCUCGUAACCAUUGCUAGUAUCCUCUUAAGUGCCACAACAACUGAAAACCCCAGUUCAACUCCUGAGGAUAAAGCUCUGACUGGCACUUUUCCCACCUUGGCCAUGGGGGAGAUGACAACGGGAGGUGUAGUUGUUUGGGGAGUGGUUCUCUCUGUGAUAGUGCUACUUGUGGGCACGCUGUUAUUUUGGAAAUGGAAGGUUUGCAAGAAGCGGAUCCUCAUCCUCAAAGGAAAGCCACAUCUGCAUUCUGUCACUUCACACAAAUCCGGGCUCAGAUCUCAAGGUUCUGAUCUAGUGAACAAAUGUGCAAAGAUCAUACUGAGUACUGACAGUGGGCCAGAAGAGAAGGAGUUACUCGACAGAACCCUCCCUUUGGAAACCAACAAUAACUUGGUCUCCAGCACAGACAAAGCACAUAGUCCUGAUCUGAGUCUGACUGACGUGGCACAGAGCAAUGGGAAUAACCCAGAUUGCCCUAUUGAUUCUCGAGUCAGAGACCACACAAAUAAUCGAAUUGAAAAAAUAUACAUCAUGAAAGCCGACACUGUUAUUGUGGGGUCCAUUUCAGAAGUGCCUAGUGGCAAGAACUGUGCUGCUAGAGGAUGUGAAAGUAAUGUUGAUGCCCAGGAAAACAUGGAAGAGGAACUGGCAAUGCACUAUCCAGAGCAGGAAACAGAGUCUUUUCCAGGGAAUGAUGUAAUGGUUCCCGUGGAAGAGGAGGGAAAGGAAUUUCAUCACCCCACCACUGCCACUGAAAAGUGAUAACCCACUGGGAAGAUGUGUGAAGCUACAGAAACAUCCAGUGUGACACUAAGCCUGAAUCCGUGACAGGGGAAGUAAACACAGAGUGCCUUAGAUUAUCUGAAAACUCAUGUACAUCACUGAAACACAUACAGACAAGGAGUGCUAGAACCUACUUCAUCUAGCAAAUGAGAGGAUCAUCCAAACUGUUGGCCUUUGUAGCUGAUGUCAAAUAUUUCUCUUUUUCUCUCUCCCAGUAUCGUGCUGGAAACAGAUUUGAAUCAAAGCUACAAAAUUCAGAGGAUGUCUGAAGAGGAUGGCUGUAGUUCCACAGCUUGCUUUCUCUGCAUGAAGGAAUGGAUUGAAAACUAGGUCUGAUUACUUGUUAGUUAUGAAAAUGCUGGCCAGAAUUCCAAGAUAAACUUGAGACUCAGCUAUGUUUCAUACCUUAUUCCUAUUCCAAUAUUACCAGUACUUCCAAUUUUACCAUAUUUUACAACAUCUGUUAUUUUUAAGGCCUCAACUCUUGACUGAAAGUAAUGACAAUUUCAGUUUUCCCUAACACAAACAGAACUCUUAAGUUUGUGGACUUCAUCUUUCUUGAGGAAAUGGGAUCAGAAGAUGCCACACAGGCUCAGAAAACAGAAGGUAAACACAAAUAAUUGAAGUCCACUCUACUUUAGACCAUUUUUUCUACGUUUUAAAGUCUGAUUCAUGUUUUUCUGACUACUUCAGAUCAUCAGUAAGUGUACAAAAUGGCCUCUUCUGAUGGAAGCCAGACUGGCUGAACACUAGGAUAUUGGACAAACUGUGGGUUCAGUCCAGUGUGGAGUCUGUAAAAGGGGAAAAGAAGAAAAUUAAUUUUCUAUAAAAACGAAGGACUAAAAGCCAGGCACAUCAGUUAUUUCAUAUAACAUUGUUAAUAUCUGCUUGUUUUAGAAUUGCUCAUAAUCAUCAUAUUGACACUGAUUUGCAUAUGCUUUAAAAAGAAUCUGGUUUGUGGUCAACCUGUCUUGUGUUGUGCUAUUUCUCAGUCUUUCAUGCUGCUUGUUUGAUAACUGUAAAUGUAAUAGUGCUGACUAUAAUGUUGCACAGGACAAUGGAAAAUGAGCAAGAUGACAAAGUGUGCCUUGAUAGUCAAAAAAAGGAACCACAAAAACAAUUACUUGCUUUGUAGUUUUACCCUGGACAGGAUACUGUAAUAACAGCUGUGCAACAUCAGCGUCUUUUGUCUUAGAACACACAAAAGGAACACAAGGGCAUAAAAACCACCUUCUUGAGCCAGACUAGUAGUACAGCCCCAACAUUUCCUCUCUGACAGUUGCAGUAAGAGAUGUUACUUAGGAAGAGGACAUGUCUGGUUAAUAUCUGCUGUUUGCAUUCCUCAUAGUUCGGCAGCAACAGCUGUAAUAGGAUUAAGGAUGCUAAAAGAAUUUGUCCCAGCCUUUAGUAUUCAUCCAUAUUGCCAUUAAUUUUUUUUUCUCUCUUUAAAUUUCCUGGUACAAUCUGCCUCCAUAAGUGCUGUGGCAACAGGUUACAGAUAGUUACCAUUCAUGGUGUAAAGAAGUACUUUUACCACUUAAGUGACCUCUUACUUAUUUCAGUGAGUGCCACCAGUUCUUGUAUUACAGAAUUUAGUGCAAUACUGAGUUGCUUUUAGAAUACCUGACUGUAUCCUCCUCAGCCUCCAAGCUGAGUUCCCAUCUUUUUAUAUUUCUCAGGUAAGUUAGAUGCUCCACUGCCCUGAUUGUUUUAGUUGACCUCUUCCACAUCGUCUCUAACUUCACUACAUUCUUCUGGACAUCUGGAGGCCAGAACCACGCACUGCACUGAAGAAGAGGGGUGGGCCAAGGCUCUGAAUGGUGGCAAAAUCGUAUUUUCUGUUUUGUUCGCAAUACCUCACUAGAUGAUGCGUACCACUUGUUUGCUUUUUUGGCUGCCCCUGCACACUAAGCAGAUGAUUUCAGAGAACUGUCAAGCAUGACUCCAAGAUUUCUUUCCCAGGUGAUAGCUGCUAGAUGUGAAUUCAGCACCAUGUAUACAUGGUUCAGAUUAUUUUUCCCUGAAUGUAUUGCCUUAUCUAUAUAGAAGCUUAUUUGCUACCUUUUUAUGAGCUGCUUCUGGCUUUAUGUGCCUGCUUUACGUCGUGUGGCCACUUGGAGAAGUUUAGUAUUGCCCUCACUGUGUGGGGACUCUUUUACCCAGAUCAUCGAUGAAGAUAUUGAAUAGAACUGGUCCUACCAAUCCCCCUUGAUAACUGUUCUCUAUUCUGAAAAAUUACCUUUAUGUUGUGCUCUUUCCCUCCUGCCUUUUAAACAGCUGUUACGUUUGUAUCCUGUAACCUUUUAGCAAAUCCAUAAAUGACCUUUCCCCCAAUCCUGUGACAACUUCAUUUUUCUACCACCUUAGGUGUGGAACCUUAUCAAGGGCUUUUUGAAAAUCUCCAUGUAGUAGGUCCUCUGGAUCUUGUUUAUCCAUUAAGCCUCAGUAUAAGGGAAGGUAUGUUAUCAAGAUUUUGUGACUGAGAAAUCAAUCUAGAGAAAUUCAUACAUUUCUUGGAACCACACCCCAGAGAUGAAGUGGGAGAAUCUCAGCAUUAUGAGAUCUAGUCUCUGACUUCCAUCAGUGGAUAACCUACCUGUAGUAUGUUUGAAAACUGGUUGUAAUUUCAAGUGUUAGUUCCAGUAUUCUUCAAUUCCAUUCUUCUUUAUGAGAACACAAAAUACUUUCUAAAAACAACCGCUGCCGGUGUAUGUUUUGGUUUGUCUACUGAGCCUUGCAAGAGAGGCGAUGAGUGAAUCCCCUCAGUGUACUUCUGUGUCUGCACUUGCUUUGUUUGGUUCGGAAGAUAAGCUGCUCCUAAUGCUCUGAAUUGAAAUUUGACUACCAGUAUUGCCAUGUCAGCGGCAGUUACAUGAGGUGAAGAAGGAAAUAGGAUAAACAUUUUUUGGUUUAAGUGCUUGUGCAACAGAAGGUCAAGUCACCAAGUACUGACAUAAAACAGUGAUGCAAGGAAGAAGAAAAAGCUGUGUAGGACAAAUACUGGUCACCCAUUCCUCACUUCCAGCCAGGGCAGUUCAUUGUUUUCCAGUGCAUACGCUUCAUUGUUUUAGAGAGCACCAAUCUGUGUAUCCACAAACUGUGAAUAGCCGUGUUCACCUGGCUGGGAUUGGUAAAGGAUGUUCAGCUAAUUGUAUAUUUCAGCUCUGUAUAGAAAUUAAUCUUCUUUAUUGGAACAGCUUUCUAGAUGAAUCAUAUGCAUUGCAACCUGCUAGAUAUAUUACAGCUGAUUAGUUUAAUAAUGCUGGUAAUCUUUGAAUUAAAAAUCGCGUGGAUUUUGGCCA